AUGCCACGAAUAUAUAUUAGAAAAUUCAGGAAUACUAGGAAUGGAAAGUCCUUCCUACCUUACACUAAUUACAGCUCUGAAAAUUUACAGAAAGCAAUUCGAGACGUAAAAAGUAAGACUUUAACACUAGGAGAAGCAUCAUCUAAAUAUCAAAUACCUAAAACAACGUUAUCGAGAAAAUGUAGAAACCUUAAUUGCUCACAAGAAAAAGCAGGACGUCCUACCCUUUUUUCACCUGAAGAAGAGAAAGCCUUCAUUAAACACAUUGUAAAUUUGGCAGACUGGGGAUUCCCAUUCGAUCUUAUUGAUCUUCGUAUUUUCGCGCAAAGGUACUUAAAUAAACUCGGAAAAACAAUAUACAGACUACCCGAAAAUUUGCCUGGUUCAGAAUGGGCUCGAAACUUUUUAAGGCGUCAUGAAGAUUUGCUUUCGAACCGUAUGGCUUCCAAUAUAUCUACCGAUAGAGCAAAGGUAUCAGCAUCGACGAUAGACUCAUUUUUUGAGUAUUUUGCACCAACAAUCGAUGGUGUAACACCUGACCGAAUCAUAAACUAUGAUGAGACUAAUUUAACUGACGACCCAGGAAACAAAAAAUACAUUUAUAAACGUGGUGUAAAAUACCCAGAACGGGUAACAAAUACAUCGAAAACGGCUGUUUCCCUAAUGUUUGCUGCUACAGCCGAAGGUCAGUUAUUACCGGUUUACGUGGUGUACAAAGCAGAACACCUAUGGGAUACCUGGUUAGAAGGAGGUCCUCCAGACGCAAUAUACAAUCGCUCUAAAAGCGGAUGGUUCGACUCGGUUUGUUUCGAGAAUUGGUUUGAAAAAGUGAUCGUUCCAUACGCUAAAAAAAAGCCUGGACGUAAAAUUGUCAUAGGUGACAAUCUCUCUUCACACUUUUCUGAAAACGUAUUAAAAAAGUGUGAAAAGCUAAACAUUUCAUUUGUGUGCUUGCCCCCCAAAUUAACACACCUUCUGCAGCCGUUAGACGUUGCUCUGUAUGGACCUUUAAAACAUUAUUGGCGAACUAAAUUGACUGGGUGGAAAAAAGUAGAAGGACGCAAACAUAAAACCCUAGUAAAAGAUGUUUUUCCGAAACUGCUGGCCAAACUUAUGAACAAACUUAUGGAAACCAACACAGGGGGAAAAAACGUCAUUGCAGGUUUUAACAAAUGUGGGCUUUAUCCAAUCAACCCGGAACGACCGAAGUCACGACUGCCACACAGUCAUGACUUACUACCCGAGGAAAUUGAAACAGCUGCUACUUCAGUUGUCAUAGAACAUCUAAAAGAAAUGCGGGGGCUCUCGGCUUCAGAUGAGCCCAGAAGACGUAAAAAACGAUGUAAUGUUCCAGCAGGCCGAGGCAUCACAGCACGAGACAUUGAGCAAACGAAACCUAAAAAACCAAAUAAAAUGACAGAUAAUGAGUUUGUAAAUAGUGAAGUAGAAGUUUCUUCAUCUGACUCGUCUGAAAUAAUAGAUAUUUCAACAUUUAAUAUUCUAGAGCCAGGUCCGUCCAAGUCAAUAAUCCAAACAAAAAGUACGCAGAAAAAUAAAAUGUAUGAAAAAGAAUCUAAUAUACAUAAGAACACCAAGAAAGGUAAAGGUAUUGUAAAAAGUAGCAAAAUUGGAAAAGAAAAUCAAGAUAAGAACAUGAAACGCAAAGAAAACGGGAAAAAGAAAUGUUUUGAAGAAAAUAACCAUGAUAAUGCAGUGAAACAAAAUAAUAAAGAUAAAAAGAAAAAAAGAAAUUGCAGAAAAAUUUCAACAUGCUCUACUACUUCAGAGUCACAAACCAUAAGUAUAUAUGAAGAUUCUGAUUGUAUUGACGAAAACUUUGACAUUGAUAGAGAUAUGGAUUUAAGAAAUAUGAAUCGUUGUUCCUCGGGUCCAGUCACAUUGACAGAAAAUCAAGAGAUAGUCCAAUCUUCUGACAACAUAGAAUCAAAAACACACAAGGAGUUAAGCACACUCGAAACUAUAGAACAAAUAAUCCAAACUUCUGACAACAUAGAACCAGGAAUUACAAAGAAGGAGUUUAGAACAACUGAAAAUAUAGAAAACUUUAAAAUAACUACACCUUCUGACAUAAUAGAACCAGACAUGAAAACAAAUAAAACAAGCUCAAUCAGCAUUCCAGCAAAUCAAGGGAUUGUUCAAUAUUGUAACAACAGAGAGAAAGAGACAACAACGACCAAUGAGACUCAAGAAAACCGAGACACGAGUGAAUUUUAUGAUAAGAAAGAAGCAAAAGUUACUACGAAAGAGAAAUUACCAACAGAAAGCACUGACAAGACUAUAUCGAACCAAGAGACAAAACUAUCAGAAGAAGAUAUCAAGACCAAUUUUAACAACAAUGAUUCAGAAAGUAGAAACACAGAACAAGAAAAAGAAUAUGAAUUGAAUGACCACGUAAUUGUAAGAUACAUCAACAAAAAGAAAUGGAAAUAUUAUAUAGGUAUCAUAGAAAACAUAAACAUGGAAAAUGAAGAACCUUAUACUAUUAGAUUUUAUAAAACAACUAAAAAACCGUCGUUACGGUUCCUUUUGACACGAAAGCUUGACAGGGACAUAGUUCCCUCUAUAUGUAUUGUCAAGAAAGUCAAUUUGAUACAAAACCCAAAUUAUUCGAAGGAGUUCUUUCUGUCCUUGGCUGACGAUGAUGUCGUGGAAUUAUUUACGUAA